AUGAACUCAUAAUUAGAUGACUCAAAAGAAAGUGUUUAAUCUUAAUCAAUGGAAAGAUAUCUACAAGCAGAAUCUGUAGGCAAUUCUCUUUCUCCUUAAAGAUAAGUAUAGACAUCUAGAAAUCCUCAAGUUGGAACAUCUAUAUUAAAAUUGUAGAAUGGAAAAUAUAGCAAUUAAUCUAAUGUAUUUAAAGACGCACUUAAUAAAAAAAAAACUGAAUUGCAUAAGAAAACACAAAAACCUAUUGUCGAAGCUCCUAAAUAUUAAAUUGAAAUUAAGUAAAAAUAACCAAAAAGUAUUACAAUAAUAAUUUUAGAAAUGGAUAAAGUACAAUAAAAUAUUAAAAAUGUCUAACUUAAAGCAGAAGAAGUUAAGAAAAAGAGAGAAGAAGAAAAAUAAAAAGAAGAAAAAAUGAAAUAGAGUAAAGUAGAACAUCCUUAAGAAGAUAUUGAUGAAGGUAAUUUAAUCAUUUUUAUUUUAGUAUUUUAAGAAACAGUUAACAGAUUAUAUAAUUAUGAAAAAUAGAGAUUGAAAUAAUUAAAUAAAAUGAUAGAAGAUGAAAAAAACAAAGAAAAAUUAAUUUUGAGUGCAAGACCUAUGAUAAAUGAAAGAAGUUGUAAAUUAUUAGAAAGAAAACUAAAAUAACUUGUAAAUGAAGAGGAGGAUUAUAAAAUGAUAUAUUAAUUUAAAGAUGCAGAUGUUUAGGUUGAUCUAUUACCAAAUUUACCAAAAUUGAAAGAUUAUCUAUCUAUAAAGUAUUAUCAAUAAUAUAUUAAUAGUGCUAAAAAAUCAAUUAAUAUUGGAUAAGAAAUUUAAAUCAUAAAGGAAGAGAAUAUUAUGGAACAAGUAGAUCCAGCAGAAGAUGUCUAAUAUAAAUAGGAUUCAUGUCAUGCAAUUGUAUAAACCAAUGAAAUUAAAUUUAAAAUUGGAGAUACCAUUAAAAAAUAAUAAUAAUAAUAACCAUAAUCAUAAUAAACAACCUAAUUUGCAACUCAAGAUACUCCUAAUAAAAAAGUAUAAAAUUAAAGAUAAAAACGUUUGGAUUUUAUGGAAACUUAAGGACAAAGAAUUAAAACUGAAUGUUAAUAUUAUGUACCUUUACAUAUUCGUUAAUAAAAAGUAAUUUAAAAAAAAGAAGAAUGGGUUAAAUCUUAGAUUGAACUUAAAAAAUAAAAGGAAGAGGAAUCAAUUAGAGCAGAAUAAGAAUAAUGGGAAAAGGAAAAAUUAAAGUGGUCUAAAAAGAAAGAUCCAAAUAAAUCAAUGUAAUAGGAAAUUAAUAUUGAAGAAUUUGCUAAUUCUUAAAUACAUUGGUUAGAAAAAAGAAAUGAACAUAUUUUAUCUGAAUAAAUGAAAAAGGAUAAGGAUAUGUUAUCCUCAUUAACUUUUAAACCAUAAAUAUAAAAAAGAAAUAUUGAAAAUUACAAUACUUCCAAAGUUGAAGAUAGAUUACUUGAUUAUUAAUUAAAAAAAUAAGAAAAUUUACAAAAAUUAGAAAAUAAAUACUUACCCACUUUUUAACCUAAUAUCAAUUAAAAAACAGUAUAUAAUAUAUAUAAUAUAUAGGUUCUUACUAUGGAUUGGGCAUCAAAAAGUUUCAAUAAUACUUCUUUUAAUAACCUGUGGCAAUGA